AUGGACCGGUUCAUCAACAACCAUGAUACUAUAGAUGAUGCUGCAUCGAUCGCUGUGUCCGAAAUAUCCACCACUUCGACCGAGAUGUUCGAACAUGAACCUUUCGAAACCCUCCAAACGAAAGUCAUCGAGCUGAGCAAAAAGAUGUGGCCGCGCCUAGCAACGGACGCCUUCCGGGUCACACGUAUGGAGGGAGGCUCCUACAACCGCGUUCUUGGAAUCCAAGUUGACUCCUCGAAGAAGCAGAUGUCGUGGAUUCUACGCCAUGCUCAGAAACUAGCUCAGAAGGUUUGCCCAAGCUCAGGCCGCAACUCUCAGCUCCAUGAGUUUGUGAUUCGUAUACCACGGUACGAGCAUGCAUGGGUUGAACAAGAAGUUGCUAUACUAUCUUUUCUCGCUGGCACAAAAGUCCCCGUGCCGAAGAUAAAGUUCUUGAGUCUUUCUAGCGAUAAUCCGCGCAUCGCUUUCGCGCGGGAGCUUGGUUCCGCCCUAGCGGAGAUGGGAAAGGGAAUCUUCAAAGAUGUCACAUACUCCCUAGCGCACAUGGACUUUGAGCCGCGCAACAUCCUCAUCGACAUCACCUCGCCUGGCACUGCACACCUCUCCGCGAUUCUAGACUGGGACGAAGCUGUCUUCGCCCCCUCAUUCGUGAACUGCCGUCCACCAUCUUGGCUAUGGGAUUUUGAAGGAGAUGAGGACUUGGAUGAGGCGCUGGCCAACGUGGCGCCAACUGAUUCUGAUCUUCAGGCGGUCAAGACCGCGUUUGAGGACGCUGUUGGGCCGGAGAACAUCUGUCGUCUUGCUAUAACUGGAUUUCAUUCAAACGAUGAUUAUGAAAUGGCGGAGAAGGUGAUCGAGGAGUGGAAUGAGAUGGAACCUGAGCAUAAGGUUCGGGGCUUGUUUGAUGGCGAGGAUGAUGAUGACAAUUGA